AUGCUGCUCCUGAUCCUCCUAUUCUUCAAGGGACUUGUCUGCCAUGAGAAAAGCAUAGUCGGCCCUCAGCCUUUAGGAUGGCACCACCCAGCAGAAGCAGAAGAGCCCCUCAUCUUCCGUUUGCUCCACAUAGCCUCCUUCAAGAACCACAGCUGGUCACAUUCCCAGGCCUCAGCCUGGAUUGGAGAUCUGCAGACUCAUGGCUGGAAUAGUACCAUGGGCACCAUCCAGUUUCUGAAGCCCUGGUCCCAAGGAGACUUCAGCAAGGAGGAGUUGAAGAAUUUCGAGGCACUUUUCCAGCUAUACUUCCAUGACUUCCCCCGGGAAGUGCAUGCCUUUGCUCAUCAGUUUCAGUUUGAAUACCCCUUUGAACUUCAGAUAUCAGGUGGAUGUAAGAAUGUUGGGAAGACCUCAGAGAACUUCUUAAACGGAGCAUACCAAGGAUCUGAUUUGCUGAGUUUUCAAAGAAGUUCUUGGGAGCCAUCUCCAGGAGCGGGAAGUCGGGCCCAGAAAGUCUGUGAGGUGCUCAGUUACUACAAAGAUAUUACGGAGAUAGUGCAGAGCCUCCUCAGUAGCGUCUGCCCUCGAUUUCUGUCAGGCCUCAUUGCAGCAGGGAAGUCAGAGCUGGAACGGCAAGUGAAGCCUGAAGUCUGGCUAUCCAGAGGCCCCAGCCCUGGACGUGGCCGUCUGCAGCUGGUGUGCCACGUCUCUGGCUUCCACCCAAAGCCCGUGUGGGUGAUGUGGAUGAAGGGUCAGCAGGAGCAGAAGGGCACUAAGACAGGUGACAUCCUACCCAACGCUGAUGAGACAUGGUAUCUCCAAGCAACUCUGGAUGUGGCAGAAAGGGAGGCCACUGGUCUGUCUUGUCGAGUGAAGCACAGCAGUCUAGGAGGCCAUGAUAUAAUCAUUCACUGGGGUGGCUACUCUAUUCUCCUUAUACUGAUGUACGUGGCUGUAAUAGUCACCCUGGUUACGCUGAUUGUAAUGGGCUCAUGGCACAGAAAGCAGAGCUCAAAUCGGAAUGUCCUCUCUUCCUAUAUAUCCAACCCCACUUUUCCCUUGGAGAAUGACACCCAAUGCCCCAGAAGUUCAGCCCUUCAGCUCCACUCGGCACAAGAAUCAUGGAUCAAAAACAGAAUCUUGAAGUGGAAAAGAAGCCUAAAUCAGUUCUGGUGA